GUCAUGAAUCAUUAAACGUCAAAUUCACGCAAAAUGUAAACAAUGUCCGAUUUACCAAAAUUAUUUAUUAAUUUGAAACCUUGACAAUGGAAUUUAUCAAUUCCACACCGCUAGGAACAUGUUUUGCCUAUAAAAUUAUUUCAUAUAUUAGUCCACAUCCCAAUCAAAUAAUUUGAUGAAAAUGUGUUUGGAUAUGAUGUUUAUUUUAUUGACGUGUUUCGUAUCUGUAAAGCCGCAGGAAGUGAACUUCAACGAUUAUCUUCUAGACUACAAAGAAGGAAUUGUUACAAGCCAAAACUUUACAUACUAUUACAUUUACCAUUGGUCAAAUAUCUUGAUAAUUCUCAGAAGCAAAUCUGGAGAUGCGGAUAUUUACCUAUCAGACUCUAAUAUGUUCCCUACAUAUGAUGUUAAAUCAUACGAUAUUCAUUCUGCCACUUGUGGACAAGAAGUGAUUCAAAUACAUGAGGGAUUCAAAAGUCCAAUAGCUGUUGGAAUAUACGGAUAUUUUCCUUAUGGCAACAGUAGUUAUAUUUUGGAAGUGUAUAGAGAACCCAAAAAGUAUUCUCAUGCAAUAAUUGAUGACAUAGUUCCUUCUGAAGCAGAAGGGGGCAUAAGAAAUGCUGAACAAGGUCCCCUACCAAAACCUCUAAAGAAAAAGUACAAAGAUACAAUCAAAACAAAUAGUGUUUUUGCACUUCUUGAGGUUCUGCAACUGAUGUUUCUGUGAUUUUGUUUUAUAUAAUAUAUAAAUAUAUAUAUAAUAUAUAUAAAUCGUUUUAUUUCC